AUGGCUUCAAGGAAACCUGAUAUGGAUUCAACGAAUCCUUAUAUGGAUUCAACGAAUCCUUAUAUGGAUUCAACGAAUCCAUAUAGCCAGUAUCGUAGUUACGUAGGGCUUCUUAACUCUCAGAAUCAACAAACCUUUCCAUCUACUGUAAACAUUGGAGCCUCACAAAUCCCUUCUUUUGGUUCCCAAAAAACUGAGGCUCCUGCUGUAGGUUCAGACACACCAGUGGACCGUCGGGGGAGAAAGACAUGGACCCCAUCUGAUGACGAGGUCCUAAUAAGCGCCUGGCUUAAUACUUCUAUGGACACUGUAGUUGGAAACGACCAAAAGGGAGGAACCUUCUGGCAACGGGUAAGAGAUUACUACGAAGCAAGUCGUAAUGUUGGUGAGGGUGGUGAUGCGAACUCUCAUACCCAUUGGAAGCAGCGGUGGUCAAAGAUCAAUGAUCAGACCAACAAGUUCGCUGCAGCAUACGCUACUGCUGAGAGACAAAUCAGUAGUGGACAGAAUGAAAACGAUGUUCUAAAGUCGGCUCAUCAGAUCUUCCACUCCGACCACAACACAAAGUUUACACUGGAGCAUGCGUGGUGUAUCUUGAGGCAUGAGCAGAAAUGGUUGAGUCUCAACACUGCUGCACAAAAAAGAAAGGCAACUGAGUCCUUUUCGCAAGCUACAAACAACAAUGUUGGUGACCAAGAGAUGCGGCCCGAAGGUAUUAAGGCGGCAAAAGCAAGCAGGAACAGUGGUAAAGGGAAGGCUUAUGGAGAUUAUAAGAGCAUGUGGGAUCUGAAGAUGGAAGAUUUGGCACAGAAGGAGAAGCUAUCCAAGCUCGCGAUUCUUGAUACUCUCCUAGCUAAGAAGGAACCACUUAGUGAGAGUGAAGAAGUCGUGAAGAAUAAACUCCUUGCCUUGUAUUUUUAA